AAAUUUAAAAAAUAAAAAAAUGAGAAGGGAAAAUUUUCUUCUGGAUUUGACUUGAUUGGGCUAUAUAUAACCAGGUUCGUCUGUUUCUUCCGUGAGGGGUUUUUGGAUAGGGGAGAAGAGCAAGAAGAAAAAUGAGGAAUUGUACAGGGGCAAGUCUUGUGGACGAGGAGGAAGAAGAGGAACCCAUAUUGACGGAGCAAUCUCAAAGAUUCUGCAUGUUCCCCAUUAAAUACCCUCAACUUUGGGAAAUGUACAAGAAGGCUGAAGCCAGUUUUUGGACAGCCGAAGAGGUCGAUCUUUCUCUGGAUGUGCAGCACUGGGAAACAUUAUCUCAUUCUGAAAAGCACUUUAUAAGCCAUGUACUGGCUUUUUUUGCUGCAUCAGAUGGGAUCGUUCUGGAAAAUUUGGCUGCUAGGUUCUUGAAAGAUGUUCAAAUUCCAGAGGCUCGUGCAUUUUAUGGCUUUCAAAUUGCCAUUGAGAAUAUACAUUCUGAGAUGUACAGCUUGCUUUUGGAAACGUACAUCAAAGACUCCAGAGAGAAGAAUAGAUUGUUUAAUGCCAUGGAAACUGUUCCUUGUGUUGCUAAAAAGGCCAAGUGGGCUUUGAAUUGGAUUCAGAGUUCACGCUCAUUUGCAGAGAGACUUGUAGCUUUUGCUUGUGUUGAGGGAAUAUUCUUCUCAGGGAGCUUUUGUGCUAUCUUUUGGCUUAAAAAGAGGGCAUUGAUGCCUGGCUUGACAUUCUCAAAUGAGCUUAUCUCAAGAGACGAGGGUCUUCACUGUGAUUUUGCUUGCCUUUUAUACAGUUUGUUGCAGAAGCAAGUACAAUGGCAAAAGGUUCAUCAAAUUGUCCAUGAGGCUGUUGAAAUAGAGAUUGAGUUUGUAUGUGAUGCUCUUCCUUGUGCAUUAAUUGGCAUGAAUGCUGCACUGAUGAGCCAAUACAUCAAAUUUGUUGCUGAUCGCCUAUUGGUUUCAUUAGGGUGCCAGAAAAUGUACGAUGUAGAAAACCCCUUUGACUGGAUGGAGUUUAUUUCCUUGCAAGGAAAAGCAAACUUCUUUGAGAGAAGGGUGGGUGAUUAUCAGAAGGCUUCUGUUAUGUCAAGCUUGCAAGAUGGUUCAAAGAACUUUGAAUUCAAACUUGAUGAGGACUUCUAGUGCUUCAUCUGUCUCUAUUCCAACAAAUAUUGCCUCGACUGUGUUGAAGUUUGUGAAGAUUCUUUAAAAAGUGAAGUUUAUAGUACAUAUCAUUAUCAGUCCAUUUAUGGCAUUUGUUUGCCUCUAGAAUUAGUGCAAGGAAUUGGGAUUUCACUGUCAAGCUUGGGAUUUUUGUAAUCACAUUGAGCUGUCCUCCAAACUUGUUACUGUGCCUCUUUUGCGUAGCAUCCUUCUGAGGCACAGUAAGAUGCCUUAGAUUUUAAUAUAUUGCUUAGAUUUAAAUA